CAUGGGCUCCCCGCGCAGGGCGCUGUCCGUGGUGCUGACCGUUCUGCAGCUUCUCACGCUGCCCGAGCUGCCCGUCUGGGCGCAGAACGACACCGAGCCCAUUGUACUGGAGGGCAAGUGUCUAGUGGUGUGCGACUCGAAUCCGGCUACGGACUCCAAGGGCUCCUCUUCCUCUCCCCUGGGAAUAUCGGUCCGGGCGGCCAACUCGAAGGUGGCCUUUUCGGCAGUGAGGAGCACCAACCACGAGCCAUCCGAGAUGAGCAACAAGACGCGUAUCAUUUACUUCGAUCAGAUCCUAGUUAACGUGGGUAAUUUCUUCACAUUAGAGUCUGUCUUUGUAGCACCACGGAAAGGAAUCUACAGUUUCAGUUUUCAUGUAAUUAAAGUCUACCAGAGCCAAACAAUCCAGGUUAACUUGAUGUUAAAUGGAAAACCAGUAAUAUCUGCAUUUGCUGGGGACAAAGAUGUCACACGUGAAGCCGCCACAAAUGGAGUCCUGCUCUACCUGGACAAAGAGGAUAAGGUGUACCUAAAACUUGAGAAGGGUAACUUGGUUGGAGGCUGGCAGUAUUCCACCUUCUCCGGUUUUCUGGUGUUCCCCCUAUAGAAAUUGAUUUCUCCGCGGCGUUUAUCCAGGUGAGGGGCAGCCUACCCCGAGUUACUG